AUGCUGACCAUUGGGAGGAUCCACGGCCCUGUGCUGCAGGAGGAGGAGGAGGAGGAGGAGGCCCUGGCCGUGCAGCUGCGCCCGGCCCUGUGCGAGUGCGCGGCUCACGUCGUGGCGGGGCGCUUCGACGACGCCAACCGGUGCUUCGCGCGCGUCGUGGGCCUCGCCUCCGUCGCCGACGGCCCGCUGCAGCGGCUCGCCGUGGUCAUGGCCGACGGCCUGGUGCGCCGCCUCACCGCGGGCAUCAACAGGGCUCUGAUUGACCCCUCCUCGUACUUCGACCAGAGGUCCAUCAGGGCGGCCCGCUGUAACCUCUUUGAACUGGUCCCCUUCCUGAAGGUCGCUUACGUCACCAUCAACCGGGCCAUCCUCGACGGAAUGGAGCACGAAAAGUAUGUGCACGUAAUCGACUUGUCAGGUCCGGCGGCCCACCCCUGGCAGUGGCUCAAACUCAUGCGCAGCCUCCACGGCCGUCCGGAGGGAGCCCCGCAUCUCCGCAUCACCCUCGUCCACGACGACGGGACUUUCUUGGCCAACAUGGAGGCGUUGCUCCGCAAGAAAGCCGAUGCCCAAGGCAUGGCGUUCUCGUUCCAUGGUUUCUUAGGCCGGCUCGAGACCUUGGACUUCAGCAAUCUCCACGACGCCCUCGGGAUAAGAUCAGGAUACGCGCGUGCCUUCAGCUGCGCGCUGCAGAUGCACCGCCUCCUGCCGGUCAGUGACACGGUGAGCAAUACCGGUACGGUGCAGCUCCAGCAGGUGGCGAACAUGGCGCAGGUCCAGCAGCUGGCGGCCUCCCCGACGACGCCGCUGUCCCCCUUCGCACAGACGCCGCCGUCCCCGCAGCGGAUCAUCCCGCGGCUGCUGACGAGCUUCCUGCCCGCGGUGCGCGCGCUGUCGCCGAAGAUAGUGGCCGUCAUGGAGCAGGACGCCGGCCACAAUGGGCUGGACUUCAUGGCGCGGUUCGAGGAGGCACUCCACUACUACGCCGCGCUGUUCGACGCCCUGGACGAGGCGGGCGCGGCGUACCAGAUGCCCGAGGAGCGGCGGCAGGUGGAGCAGGUCCUGCUGGGGGAGGAGAUCAAGGACAUGCUGAUGCGGGAAGGGGCGGAGAGGCACGAGCGGCACGAGCGGCUGCACCAGUGGGCGGUGCGCAUGGAGAACGCCGGGUUCGGCGGCGUGCAGCUCAGCUACAUCGCCAAGAUGGAGGCGGACGAGGUGCUGAGGGAGUGCAGGCUGAGGGGAUACGAGAACAGAGAGCAAGGGGGAUGCCUCCUCCUGUGCCGGAGCGGGAGGUCGCUCUACUUUGUGUCCGCGUGGCGGCCAUGGCCAUCCCAAGGCUCGGCUUCUGCUUCUUCUGCUGGGACCGGAAGCCGCUCUACUCCAUCUCCGCCUGGAGACCGGCGUCGUGCCAGCUCAGCUCAUUUGGCCGCCGUUCUGUCAGUUCGAUGCCACGAGUCUGGUAAGGUAGACCCUUUAUCUGUCACUUCGAUUUUCAGAGCUGAAAUUGAUCAAAAAAGAAGUAGCAAAUUUGAUGGCCAAGAUUCUGUUUUGUGCGCUUCAUUUAGGCACAUACCAACAGGGAACAUGCUUUUUGAUUCUGUUUAG